CCGCCCAGGGAGUCUCUGAACUAACUUCUGCCGCCGACUAGACUUCUUCUCAAGGACUUUCCAGCCCUCUCAGAGAGUUGCCGUUGUCACCAUGAUGCCUGGAGGUUUAACGGCUGCCAAACCAGCUACGCCUGAGAUUCAACAGCUGGCAGAAAAGGUGAAACCUCAAUUAGAAGCAAGGGAAAACAAGAGCUACCCUGUUUUCACUGCCACAGAAUACAGAUCACAAGUGGUUGCUGGAACAAACUACUUUAUUAAGAUGGAUGUGGGUCACGGCGAGUAUGUCCACAUACGUGUAUUUCAAGCACUUCCAUGCAACAAUGGGGAUAUCUCCUUGACCGGUUACCAGACGGGCAAAACGGCAAGCGAUCCACUGAGCUACUUUGGCUAGGAAUCCCCUCGUCUUAUCCUCUUCUUUAUAUGCGGAAACUAUGGACAUCCCAAAGUCAGCAAGUGCUUAAAAAUUAAAAACCA